AUGCGGUUCCUCACCACCACUCUCCUCUCCCUCGCGGCGAAAGCAGCAGCAGACUUCCUCCCAGGCCUCCCAUCAACACCCUUCACCCCAACAGGCGGCACCCUCUCUUCCUCCUUGCUCUCCAAAAUCAUAGUCUCUUCGGCCUUUGCAGACUCCCGCGACGAAGCAGGCCAAACCCUAAUCCCGCCAACACUCCACGCCUUCGCAAUGACCUUUGCACAGGAUCUCUCCUCGGCGCUGAAACUCGACAUCCCUCUCGAGCUCGGCGACGCCCCUGAGAAAGGAUCCAUCUUUCUGACACUCGCUGACGACACCAGCAUCUACAAAGAUGCCGCCGGUCGCGAGACGUCCGAGGGGUACUCCCUCAAUGUCACGGCUGACGGCGUACUCAUUACGGGCGCGAGCCCGCUCGGCGCGUGGUGGGCUACCCGGACGCUUCUGCAGCAGCUUAUCGUCGGGGACGGAGAACUGAAGCUGGGGUACGGAACGGACAGCCCGGGAUGGGGAACUCGGGGUAUGAUGCUCGAUAUCGCCAGACACUACUACCCGGCCGAAUUCCUCAUCGAAAUGUGCGCCUACAUGUCCUUUUUCAAACAGAACACGUUCCAGCUGCAUCUCUCGGACAAUCUCUACAACAACGUCGCCAUCUAUUCCCGCGAGCGCAGCCUCUCCCUCUACGCCGCCUUCCGGCUGCUCUCCGACGACCCGGCCCUUGAGGGCCUCAACCGGCGUGCGAACGAGAGCUACACCCGCGAUGUCUUUGACGACGUUCAGGCGAAGUGUGCAGCGCGCGGCGUGACGAUCCUCCCAGAGAUCGAGGCUCCCGGGCACGCCCUCGUGAUUUCGCAGUGGAAGCCCGAGCUAGGGCUGUCGAGCGACUUGAGCCUGUUGAAUAUUUCGAACCCGGACACGAUCCCGACAGUGAAGAAGAUAUGGGAGAUUUUUCUGCCAUGGUUUCACACCAAGACGGUCUCGAUCGGUGCCGACGAGUAUGUCGAUGCAGCGCUGAGUGAAGACGCUCUGGUUGCCGAGUACACGCGAUUUGUGGACGAGAUGAACGAGUACAUCACAAGCACCUCUGGAAAGAAAGUCAAUAUUUGGGGAACCUUUGCGCCGUCAGUCGGCGGAACUGUCAACAAAUCUGUUUCGAUCCAGCACUGGGCCAACUUUGAGGCAAACCCGCUCUACGACUUUAUCAACAACGGAUACGACGUGCUCAACUCGGGUGACUACGUCUAUACAGUUGGAAAGUGGAGCCAAUCGUACGGUCAAGAGCUCAGCCUGGAGUUCAUCUUCAACGGUUCGCCCGAUGGAUCGCCCUUUUCGCCUAACAUCUUUGACCGUAAGAAUGCUUCAAACAAUGCCGCCAGGGAUAAUGCGUUGCUGCUGGGCCAUAUCGCGCCGCAGUGGAACGACUAUGGUCCAAAUGCAACGACGGUGACGGAGGGAUACUACCAGUGGAGGGAUGGCCUGCCUGCUCUCGCUGACAAGCAGUGGGGAGGUGAGGUUGCCGAGGCCGAUUACCAAGGCCUUUUCUCUGCGUUGCAGCCUCUUGCGCCGGGGCAGAACCUUGAUCAAAGAAUCGCAUCCAUAGGACCGACGAUCGUUGAAUACGACUUCAAGCAGGAACGAGGUAGAAACGGCACAGCGGUCAAAGAUUUGUCGGGCAACAACUACCAUGCAACCUCGACGUGCGCAACGGGUAACGAGGGUGCCAUUCUGGCACCUUCGUGUAACAUCACGACUCCGCUGACGCAAAAGGGGAGGAAUUACACACUCUCUUUCGCAAUCAAGCCCACGUCGGACGCCAAGGGGGCCAUCUUCAGCGGUGGAGACGGCGGGUUGUGGUUUGGCAAUGGGACUGUGGACGCCGUCAUGCUCUUUUCAGGGGGAAAUACGUACGCGCUCAACUACACGUUCCCCGUGGGGUCGUGGACGAACGCGAGCCUCAUCGGCAGAGGGAAGCAGACGUUCCUGGACGUCGGGGAUGGCGAGCCCAAGGAGUUCCUGACAAUCAUCGGCUGGAACGGGGCCCAGUUUGUGUGGCAGCCAAUUGCGGUGGAGGCGCCGUUGGCAAGAGUCGGAGGGAGUGGGUUUGAAGGCGUCAUCAGCGGGAUGAAGCUUGUUGACCAUGCCUAG